GUAUCCAGUGCAGAAAUGGAGUCAUCUUCCUCCCCUUCAGUUGUUGUUCCUCCUCCUCCUCCUCCACCACCACCACCUAUGGAUGCUUUCUCCAGGUGUGUACAGAAACGAGCAAUAAUGCGAAAGUUCAACUGGGACACCAUCCCGUGCGAGAAGGUCAUGGGUAAGCGAAAUCUGUGGACUAUACAGGCCGCUCUUGACAACUUUGAGCUGGACACCGAGAGGAUCAAGGAGCUCUUUUGCAACAAAGACAACGGGCAGUCAAGGACAACUACUGUGGUGAGACAGUGCAAAUAUGACUUUUGUCCAUCUGAACAGGGUAUUCAAAAGGUAUCACUACUCAGUUCUAAGAAGAGUAUGAAUAUUGCAAUCUUUCUGAAGCAGUUUAAAAGGCCUGUCUACAGGCUGGUUCGAGAUAUCAGGGAGGGCAAUGCCAUAACCUUUAGAAAUGGAACACUCAAAGGUCUCUGUAAACUGCUCCCAGACAAGGAAGAGGCAAAGAAGCUGAUGGCGUUCGGUGGGACCAUAACCCUUUUAACAGAAGCUGAUCAGUUCAUGGUGAGGCUGGUUAAACUGCCAGGCUAUGAGGAGAGGAUACGAGGUCUUGUCCUUGUAGAGGAGUUCUUCCCAAUUAUGGAUGAUCUGAGAAGGUUGAUUGCUGUCAUGACAGCUGCAGCCAAAGAGCUGCUGGAAUCUGAUGAUCUCCAAUCAAUCAUCCGCCUGGUGCUUAAGGUUGGAAAUUACAUGAACGAGGGUUAUUAUACAGGCAGUGCCAUUGGCUUCAAGAUGGCCUCUCUGCUUCGGCUCGCAGACACAAAAGCAAAUAAACCAGGGAUAAACCUCAUGCAUUAUGUGGCAACGCAGGCCCAAGAUAUCGAUCCAUCUCUACUCAAUUUUCCACGACGACUUAAACACAUAACGGCGGCUGCAAGGAUUAGCACUCAUGAAGUCCACACUGAUUUUCAGAAGGAGGUUUCCAGGGUUGCAAGAGUGAAAGAAGAUUCCUCAAAGCAUGAAGACCUCAACAACCAAAUGGAGCAUUUUCUGAAGAGGGCAGACCUGACACUGGCAGGCAUGGAUAUCUCUUGGAAAGAGUUCCAGGAUACCAAGAACUCUCUGGCGGAGUACCUGUGUGAAGACCCUACGUCUUUUAAACUGGAGGAGUGCUGUUCCCACUUCAAGUCCUUCAGUGAAAAAUUUGACCAAGCCAUUUCAGAGAAUCAGAGACGCCUGGAGGGAGACAGGAGGCAAGAGCGACGAGAGAGGUUCGGUGUUGGCUCCGGCGGCAGCCUCACUGCCUCCAACUCCAGAGGGAUCCCCCCUCAGACAGUCGGUGACAUGGAGAGGGCACUCACCUUUCUGCUCACUGGGGAUCAAGGCAGUCAUAGGAAAAGGAGGAAUCUCCAUCAGUCAGCUGGCAGCAUCUCUGAGGAGAACAUGAGGGCCAAAGAGUUGGCAGCUGUUUGUUUUGGGACUGAGGACUCUAGCCGAAAGGAGGAUGAAAUACUUGACCGGCAAAGGAACUGUGUGAUGAAUGAACAAAAAGGGAACUACAAAUAAGUGGACAGAAAUGACAAUACGUAUUUACAGCCUACUUUAAAAAUGAUGUCCAGAGACAAAAAUGUAAUUGUGGGGAACAGAUCUGUAAUCUAUCGCUGAAAUGUCAACAUGGUCUGGCUGAUGGCACCAGCAAACAAUGUUGUGUUCACCCCAACCCAAGAUACAUUGAUGGAAGGUUCUGAUACCUCUACCAUGGCUAAGUCUAGCAAAGACAUCACAGGAUAUGAUCAUGUUGAUUACAGCACCGUUGAAUGAAUAUUAUGUAGUGAAGUGCUGUGCAAUGGAAAAUAAUGAAACUUUUACUGUACAUGCACACAUUUCAUCAUGUGUUAAACAAGCAUUGCUUUAACAUUUAUAUGCAUAUCAAAGUAAAAGAUAUGUGUUGUUUAUUUAUUGUGUAGAUAGAGCUGAUGUGUGUGCAGAUGCACUGCAGUGUCCACUAUAUAUGGGGAUUAUUGCCCUCACGCAUAUAUCAGGGAUUAACAUCACUAAGCAGAACAUUACAGUACCUCCUCCUGACUUCCCAUACCAUUAUCACCAUCAAAUUACAGUCCUUAGUCGUGCUACUUUGCUGUUUUUUCAUCUUCCAUGUUUUGGCUUAUGGUUUCCUAUUUAUGACACCACUGACCACUGGUGUCCAGUCAGGCGUGGGCUUGUUGUCGAGAUUUGAGAUUGAUUAAAAGAGCUCUUUUACAGUCCAUCU